UGUCGAUGUGGCCAUCCAUGGUACUGUGAUUUCCGGUGUGUGCAGCUCCUCUGGCGGCAUAUCCAGUAGGGACGAGCAACCGCCGGGAGGUGGAUGGCAGGAGCCAGGGUCAUCCCCAGUGUACGGCAGUGCGCACACCGAUGACGCCCCCGUAGAGAGUCCUGCCACGGACGGCAGCAGCAGGCUGGCAAAUGCGAGGACGGUCGUCUGCAUCGCAUAGGUAAGCGGAUUAGGUGGCUGCGCUGUGGUGCAGUCACCGAGCCCACGAAGCGGCGUCAGCGGAUGUAGCUCUUUUAUGCAUGUUGGCAUUGUUGCUGAUGUCGAUGUGGCCAUCCAUGGUACUGUGAUUUCCGGUGUGGGCAGCUCCUCUGGCGGCAUAUCCAGUAGGGACGAGCAUCCGCCGGGAGGUGGAUGGCAGGAGCCAGGGUCAUCCCCAGUGUACGGCAGUGCGCACACCGAUGACGCCCCCGUAGAGUCCUGCCAGGGACGGCAGCAGCAGGCUGGCAAAUGCGAGGACGGUCGUCUGCAUCGCAAAGCUCCUCUGGCGGCAUAUCCAGUAGGGACGAGCAUCCGCCGGGAGGUGGAUGGCAGGAGCCAGCGUCAUCCCCAGUGUACGGCAGUGCGCACACCGAUGACGCCCCCGUAGACAGUCCUGCCAGGGACGGCAGCAGCAGGCUGGCAAAUGCGAGGACGGUCGUCUGCAUCGCAAAGCUCCUCUGGCGGCAUAUCCAGUAGGGACGAGCAUCCGCCGGGAGGUGGAUGGCAGGAGCCAGCGUCAUUCCCAGUGUACGGCAGUGCGCACACCGAUGACGCCCCCGUAGACAGUCCUGCCAGGGACGGCAGCAGCAGGCUGGCA